AGUUUGCUUAUAAAAUACUAUAAUUAAUAAGUUUUCAAAGAACUGCAUAUCGAACUUUGACACUAUUAAUUACUAUGUUAAAUGCACCUAUCAAAUUCAAAUCAUGGGUUCGCGCUCAAGAUGCUCAUUUCACACCCAUUAAGAAGAAGAAUAAAUAGAAAAUUUAAUUUACUAAGUUACCUUAUUUUUAUUAGAUAUUUCUUUCAGAAUUUAGCACUAGAUCUUUAAUACGGGAUUAGUGGGAAAAACAUACUAAUUUUUAUUCUGAAUUCCGAAGUUGAGACUUAUUAUGGGACAAAUUGCUUUUGCUAAAAGUGACACCUAAUUUGGGGAGGAGGGAGUAACACAAGAUUACAUGUUUUUCAGCAUAUUACAAUCUGUAAAGAAAGAAACAACAUCAUUGUCUUAGAGAUCUUGGACCAUCAUUACAAUUCACAAAAGUCUCUCCAACUUUUCUAGCAAACUUGAGACCAUCUGCCAAAAAAGAAAAAUGGGUUCUCAAGUUCUUUGGUUUCUUGUGUUGUUAACUCUCACAACAAUUUGCAAAAGUAAGUCAUGUCAUCCAAAUGACUUAAAAGGCCUUCAAGAUUUCAAGGCUGGAAUUCGUUCAGAUACUUCUGGCAGAUUAAGUAAAUGGAAAAACCAAGAUUGUUGUAAAUGGGAAGGUAUUUCUUGUAAUGAAGCUGGAAGAGUUGCAAGUAUUAUCCUACCAGGUCUAUAUACUUCAGAUGGUGCACCAGUGCAAUCUACUAUGGUAGGGGAAUUGUCACCUUCAAUCACACUUAUCGACUUUCUUGAAGUUAUCGAUAUAGGUGAACUCGGUGGUCUAACGGGGAAAAUUCCUACUUCAAUUGGUUUACAUCUUCCACAUCUCAGGAAACUCAACUUUCUUGGAAACCAGUUUACUGGAGCAUUACCAGAAAGUAUAUGUAAGUUGUCUAAACUUGAAGAAAUGUAUCUACAAGAAAAUGUUUUUUCAGGAUUUGUUCCAUCAUGUAUAGGAGGUGUCAAGAAUCUUCGAAGAGUGGAUGUCCAUUCAAAUAAACUUUCUGGUGUGAUUCCUGAGUCUAUAACAAGGUUGACAAAUUUAGAGAGUUUGUGUCUUCAAGAUAAUUUCUUCACAGGGAUCAUACCAGAAAACAUUGGCAAUCUGCAAGAAUUGAAAGAGCUUGAUUUGUCUAAGAACUCGUUAACAGGGAUAAUCCCUCGUUCCAUUGUCAAACUAAAUUCCAUUUCAAUUCUUUACCUGAAUGCCAACCAGCUCGAGGGAGAGAUACCGCCUUCAAAACCUGGUCAAUUGUCUUCUCUGAGCUUUAUAAGAUUGCAGAAUAAUCGCCUCAGUGGAAUGAUACCUUCAUCUAUUGGCUACUUGACCUCCCUUCAGAGACUCUCACUUACAAACAAUCAGCUUAAGGGCUCUAUUCCUUCAAGUUUAGGCAAUAUGAAGUCACUGACACAGUUAUAUCUAAGUAACAACCAAUUAUCUGGUCAGUUGCCAAGAUCAAUAGGCGGCCUUUCUGAGCUUCUUUUACUGAGUAUAUCUCGUAACAUGAUUGAAGGACCGUUACCUGGUGAAAUUUCUUCCCUUUCAAAUCUUCAAUCACUGGAUCUUUCAUUCAACAAUCUGAAUAUGUCAACCAUCCCCAAGUGGCUCAUGCAGUUGCCAUCACUGUCGCGAAUUUACUUGGCAGGAUGUGAAAUUCAUGGUGAAAUUCCAGAUUACAUUGCCAAGUCAUUGCUGGAACUAGACUUGUCAGCUAACCAUCUUUCAGGAAGGAUACCAGCUUGGAUUGGUAGCUUAUCGCGGCUUUAUUCUUUGAACCUUUCUAAGAACAAGUUAGUGUCUGAGAUUCCUUCAACAUUCACAAAUCUUGAGAUUCUGGGAGUGCUAGACCUUCACUCAAACAAGCUAGAAGGCAGUGUGGAUGCAGUUCUCCAGAUGAAGAGCAAGUUUGUAGGAGGAUCAUUGACAUAUCUUGAUCUGUCUGAUAACAGUUUCUCAAGUGGUGUUGAACAGAUUGGUGUGGGCGGACAAGAACAUAUCCAACACUUAAAUCUAUCCCAUAACUUUCUCAAAGGUAGAUUCCCAACCUCCAUAGAAACAUUGAAAUCACUAGAGACUUUGGAUCUCAGUCACAACGGAUUAGGCUCUAACCUGCCGAUAUCACUGGCAAAUGUUACCGCUCUGGAGAAACUGAUGCUGCACAAAAAUCAAUUCACAGGCAGAAUCCCUGAGGAGUUUUUGAAGUUGAAAAACCUGAAAGAAUUGAACCUUUCAGACAAUCUUCUUGAAGGAAAAAUACCUUAUGGGAAGCCAUUUCUUGAUUUUCCUCAGAGCUCAUUCUCUAGAAAUAGAGGUUUGUGUGGGAAACCCCUUCCUCCCUGUAAAUCUUGAGCUUCAGUUGCUCUUCACAAAAUUUUCUAGAAACAAUUCAAUAUAGAGGAUUCAAACUGCUAAUGUAACUCUUCGAUUCAACUGCUAAUGCAACUCUUUGCUACCUAAUCAC